UUGAGUGAGUCUGGAGGAGAAGGAGGGCAGCUUUGAGCUAGCUUCUCUGUGUCUGCUUGGAGAGAGGAAGAGGCGAGGUUUAGUGGUGGUUGGGGAUUUUUUUUUCCCUGUGUGUGUGAUCAGCAGCAGAGAAUCAGGAAGUCACAGCCGCCAAAUACAGACUCUCGCUGGCUCUCACACACAGACAUGUUUGAUCAGCAUGACAUGAUGACGGUGGGAAGAACGGGAGAGACAGGCCUAGCUUUGCUAUGAAACAUGCUCUCAGUCCGUGCAUCUGGCUUCUAAACCCCCUUGUACGUGCCUAGAUCUGUUGUUUGGUGCCACUUCAUUAAGAUCUGGGAGAUGAACAUUUCUGUGUGCCAUUAUCAGUCCCCUGACACGUCCACUCUUCCUGCAGAACUCUGUUAACUCUACUAUAUUUUGAUGAGCUGCUCUGUUGAUCGGAAAAGAGACGGAAAAUAGAUGUCCACGCCAACAGAUCCUGGCGCAAUGCCUCAUCCUGGCCCUUCCCCGGGGCCAGGCCCAUCACCUGGACCAAUUCUAGGACCUAGCCCAGGACCAGGACCCUCUCCAGGUUCAGUACACAGCAUGAUGGGACCAAGUCCUGGACCCCCUAGUGUUCCACAUUCAAUGCCCAGUAUGGGGCCCACUGAUUAUCCACAGGAAGGCAUGCACCAAAUGCACAAGUCCAUUGAUGGCUUGCAUGAAAAAGGAAUGGUUGAAGACAUGCAUUGUAGCUCCAUGAAGAGUGCAAGUAUGAGACCGCCUCACCCCGGAAUGGGCCCACCACAGAGUCCAAUGGAUCAGCAUAGCCAAGGUUAUAUGUCUCCUCACCCAUCUCCUUUGGGAGCACCAGAACAUGUGUCCAGCCCAAUGUCUGGAGGGGGCCCAACUCCACCCCACAUGCCACCAAGUCAGCCAGGACCCAUGAUACCAGGAGAUCCACAGGUCAUGAGCCAGCCCAGCAGGGGUCCUUCACCUUUUAGCCCUGUCCAGCUGCACCAGCUCCGGGCUCAGAUUCUAGCUUACAAAAUGUUAGCUAGAGGCCAGCCUUUACCUGAAAACCUGCAACUUGCUGUUCAAGGGAAGAGGACAUUGCCUGGGAUUCAACAGCAACAGGCUCCUGCUAACUACAGCAGACUACCUGUUGCAGGUAUUGGGGUGCAUUCAAUUCCUGGUCCCCCAACUGGGCCAGGACCUGCUUCAGGAGUGCCAGGACAUGCAGCCGCCAUGACCCCUAAAUCUUGGGCAGAAGGUCAAGGCCCAGAUAUGAAUGUUGCCAGUACACCACAAAAGCUUGCUGUACCACCUCCUAGUGGAAGGCCUUCACCUGCCCCUCCUGCUGCUCAGCCUUCUGCAGCCAUGCCUGGUCCUUCUGUACCACAGCCAACACCUGGACAGCCUUCACCUAUCGUCCAGCUGCAGCAAAAACAGAACCGUAUCAGCCCCAUCCAGAAGCCACAAGGAUUGGAUCCUGUUGAAAUACUCCAGGAGCGUGAAUACAGACUUCAGGCUCGAAUUGCUCACAGAAUCCAGGAACUGGAGAAUUUACCUGGCUCUCUGCCUCCUGAUCUGCGAACCAAAGCUACAGUUGAGCUGAAGGCACUUAGGUUACUGAAUUUUCAGCGCCAGCUAAGACAAGAGGUGGUGGCCUGCAUGCGCCGUGACACAACACUGGAGACAGCACUGAACUCCAAAGCCUACAAGCGCAGCAAGCGCCAGACUCUGAGGGAAGCCCGCAUGACAGAAAAGCUUGAGAAACAGCAGAAAAUCGAACAGGAGAGAAAACGUAGACAGAAGCACCAGGAAUAUCUGAACAGCAUAUUGCAGCAUGCUAAAGAUUUUAAAGAAUACCACCGGUCAGUGGCUGGGAAAAUUCAGAAACUUUCUAAAGCUGUGGCAACGUGGCAUGCCAAUACUGAGCGUGAGCAGAAGAAGGAAACGGAGCGAAUUGAGAAAGAAAGAAUGAGAAGACUGAUGGCUGAAGAUGAAGAAGGCUACCGUAAGCUGAUUGAUCAGAAGAAAGACAGACGUCUGGCAUACCUGCUGCAGCAGACAGAUGAGUAUGUGGCCAACCUGACUAAUCUGGUUUGGGAGCACAAGCAAGCACAAGCUGCCAAAGAAAAGAAAAAGAGGAGGAGAAGAAAGAAGAAGGCAGAAGAGAAUGCAGAGGGAAUGGGAUCUGAUCUUGGUCCUGAUGGAGAGCCCAUUGAUGAGAGCAGUCAAAUGAGUGACCUUCCAGUCAAAGUGACUCACACUGAAACAGGCAAAGUUCUUCUUGGACCAGAAGCUCCAAAAGCAAGUCAGCUGGAUGCUUGGUUAGAAAUGAAUCCUGGCUAUGAAGUAGCUCCUAGGUCUGACAGUGAGGAGGAGAGUGACUCUGAAUAUGAGGAAGAGGAUGAUGAUGAGGAAUCAAGUAGACAAGAAGUGGAUGAGAAAAUACUCCUGGAUCCUAACAGUGAAGAAGUUUCUGAGAAGGAUGCUAAGCAGAUCAUUGAGACAGCCAAACAAGAUGUGGAUGAUGAAUACAGUAUGCAAUAUAGUGCUAGAGGGUCUCAGUCCUCCUACUAUACGGUCGCUCAUGCAAUCGCUGAGAGGGUGGAGAAACAAUCUGCUCUUCUUAUUAAUGGAUCACUAAAACAUUAUCAGAUCCAGGGCCUGGAAUGGAUGGUUUCACUUUAUAAUAACAAUUUGAAUGGAAUUUUAGCUGAUGAAAUGGGGCUAGGAAAGACCAUACAGACUAUUGCACUCAUCACUUAUCUGAUGGAGCACAAAAGACUCAAUGGCCCCUAUCUCAUCAUUGUUCCCCUUUCGACUUUAUCCAACUGGACAUAUGAAUUUGACAAAUGGGCUCCUUCUGUGGUGAAAAUUUCUUACAAGGGGACACCUGCCAUGCGUCGUUCACUUGUUCCUCAGCUUCGAAGUGGAAAAUUUAAUGUUCUUUUAACUACUUAUGAAUACAUAAUAAAGGAUAAACACAUUCUUGCUAAGAUUCGAUGGAAGUACAUGAUAGUAGAUGAAGGCCAUCGAAUGAAGAACCAUCACUGCAAGCUGACUCAGGUCUUGAACACCCACUAUGUGGCUCCUAGACGGAUUCUGUUGACUGGGACACCACUGCAGAACAAGUUGCCUGAACUUUGGGCUCUCCUCAACUUCCUCCUCCCCACCAUUUUCAAGAGCUGCAGCACCUUUGAACAGUGGUUUAAUGCUCCAUUUGCCAUGACUGGAGAAAGGGUGGACUUAAACGAGGAAGAGACUAUUCUGAUCAUCAGACGUCUCCACAAAGUGUUACGACCCUUCUUGCUGAGGAGACUGAAGAAAGAGGUUGAAUCUCAACUGCCAGAAAAGGUUGAAUAUGUGAUCAAAUGCGACAUGUCAGCUCUUCAGAAGAUUCUCUACCGCCAUAUGCAAGCGAAGGGAAUCCUCCUCACAGAUGGCUCUGAGAAAGACAAGAAGGGAAAAGGUGGGGCGAAAACUCUUAUGAACACUAUCAUGCAAUUGAGAAAGAUAUGCAAUCACCCAUAUAUGUUUCAGCAUAUUGAGGAGUCCUUUGCUGAACACUUGGGCUAUUCAAGUGGUGUUAUCAAUGGAGCCGAGCUUUAUCGGGCCUCAGGGAAGUUUGAACUACUUGAUCGUAUUCUACCAAAGUUGCGAGCCACUAAUCACCGUGUGCUUCUCUUCUGUCAAAUGACAUCCCUCAUGACCAUUAUGGAGGACUAUUUUGCUUUUCGAAAUUUCCUUUACCUUCGCCUUGACGGUACAACAAAAUCAGAGGAUCGGGCUGCUCUGCUGAAGAAGUUCAAUGAGCCUGGGUCACAGUACUUUAUCUUCUUGUUGAGCACAAGAGCGGGAGGCCUGGGCCUGAAUCUUCAGGCUGCUGACACUGUCAUUAUCUUUGACAGUGAUUGGAAUCCUCACCAGGAUUUGCAGGCACAAGACAGAGCUCACCGAAUAGGUCAGCAGAAUGAGGUUCGAGUUCUGAGGCUGUGCACUGUUAACAGUGUGGAGGAGAAGAUACUUGCUGCUGCCAAGUAUAAACUGAAUGUGGAUCAGAAAGUUAUUCAGGCCGGCAUGUUCGAUCAAAAAUCUUCAAGCCAUGAACGGAGGGCUUUUCUACAGGCUAUAUUGGAACAUGAGGAAGAAAAUGAGGAAGAAGAUGAAGUUCCUGAUGAUGAGACUCUGAAUCAGAUGAUUGCGCGACGUGAAGAGGAAUUUGAUCUCUUCAUGCGUAUGGACAUGGAUCGUCGCAGAGAGGAUGCCCGAAAUCCCAAGCGCAAGCCUCGCUUGAUGGAGGAGGAUGAUCUGCCAUCCUGGAUUAUUAAAGACGAUGCUGAAGUAGAAAGGCUCACCUGUGAGGAAGAGGAAGAAAAAAUAUUUGGGAGGGGGUCCCGUCAGCGCAGAGAUGUGGACUACAGUGAUGCUCUCACAGAGAAACAGUGGCUCAGGGCAAUCGAAGACGGCAACUUGGAAGAAAUGGAAGAGGAAGUCCGGCUUAAAAAACGAAAGAGACGAAGAAAUGUGGAUAAGGAUUCUGGGAAAGAAGAUGGAGAAAAGGCAAAGAAGAGAAGAGGCAGACCUCCUGCAGAAAAAUUGUCACCCAACCCACCUAAACUGACAAAACAGAUGAACGCCAUUAUCGAUACUGUGAUAAACUACAAAGACAGUUCAGGACGGCAGCUAAGUGAAGUCUUCAUUCAGCUCCCAUCUAGGAAAGAAUUACCAGAAUAUUAUGAGUUAAUUAGGAAACCAGUGGACUUCAAAAAAAUAAAGGAAAGAAUUCGUAACCAUAAGUACCGUAGCCUUGGUGACUUGGAGAAAGAUGUCAUGUUGCUGUGUCACAAUGCUCAGACAUUCAACUUGGAGGGAUCGCAGAUUUAUGAGGAUUCUAUUGUUCUCCAAUCAGUCUUCAAGAGUGCCCGACAGAAGAUUGCCAAAGAGGAUGAGAGCGAGGAUGAAAGCAACGACGAUGAGGAAGAUGAUGAGGAAGAUGAGUCGGAGUCAGAAUCAAAAUCUGUGAAAGUGAAAAUCAAGCUGAAUAAGAAGGAUGAGAAAGGCCGGGACAAAGGGAAAGGCAAGAAGCGACAAAGCCGGGUAAAAGCCAAGCCCGUUGUGAGCGAUGAUGACAGUGAUGAGGAUCAAGAUGAAAAUGACCAGUCAGAAGCAAGUGGAAGUGACGAUGAGUGAUCCAUAGGGUUUAAUCUCUUCUCCCCUUCCCUUCUGUCAUUUUAUACCCAGUGAAUUCAUUUUGUCAGAUAGACAUUGGGUUGUUUCUGUAGUCUCAUCUUCUAUAAACUAGCUUUAGGGUAGUGCCAGACAAACAUAUGGAUAUCAUGGUGUAAAAAAGGAAAAAAAAUUGUAACAUAUUGUGACCAAAUGGGCCUCAAAAGAUUUAAAAAAAAAAAAAAAAAAAAGCUUUUGAUGGAAAAAUGUGGGUUGAUAGUAUAUUUCUAUGGGUUUGGGUUUAGCUUGGUAAUGGUUUGAUUGUGCCUGGUUUUAUCAUUUGAUGAGAUGCUUUUGAAUGGCAUCAGAAAGACGAAACAAUACGUCUUUUGUAGCAUUGGUAACCAGGAGAAGCCAUGAAAAGCUGCUGGUUAUUUUAUUUUUCAUCAGGCAGUUUUCAAGGUUUUUAUUUGUUCUGUGUUUUUUUUUUUUACACUGUGGUACAUAUAUGCAACAUUGUUUAAAAGCUUAUAAAUGUACAGUAGUUAGCCUCCACCCCACCCUGUCCAUAUACAUUUUUUUCACUUUAUGCUCUAUCUCCAGAAAAAAAUGCUUUUCAAAUUCUAUAAAAUUUAUGUCUACUGUAAACUUUGCUUUUCUUUCUCUCUUGAUUUUUAAAAAAGUUGAGUUGAAAAAAUGCUAUUGAAUAUUGCAAUUUAUAUAGUGUAAUGGAUGGCUUCUUUCAUCAAACUGACCUUUUAUGUUACCAAUGUGGAUUAUCACCUUUUCCCUAAAGUGUACUUAAUCUUUGCUUUCUUUGCACAAUGUCUUUGGUUGCAAGUCAUAAGCCUGAGGCAAAUAAAAUUCCAGUAAUUUUGAA